AUGUGGGCAUACUCUGUCCCACAAGAAAUCCAAACGAGCCCACCCGAAUGCUCAAACCAACCACAACAUACCGACUCCCCAACAGACCACUCCAAGCCCAGACCCACCCCAAAAGCACCAAACCCUCACCGCGCAAAAAAAACAAAACCACACUCCCGUAGACCUUGGGACCCAACACCACCCAAUAACCAACAACAGCCCCCCCCCCAAGAAACACAUGAAUGCCCAAAACCAAACCAAAACGCCAACAAACGACCCAAAAAACACCCACCAACAACCACCAACCACCACAAAAACACGAAAACCCCCACAACGCAACCACGCAAACCCUGCCCCCCCCAGAUCAUUAAAAUCGGAAUACCUCAUAAUCCCAAAUCCCCCGAACGAAAAACAGCAGCGCCCGACACCCCCACACCCGACAAACACGUCCCUAAAACGUUACCACGGUCAUGA